UCUGACGGGCUGGUGCCUGGAGCUGGAACUGGCAGCGGUUGGGAAUGCUGCUGGUCGGUAAGACAGGGGCCAUCGUGGCCGGGGUCUUUGGAGCAGCCUUCAUCGGUUAUUGUAUAUAUUUUGACAGGAAAAGAAGAAGCGCCCCAGAUUUCCGAGCAAAGUUGCGCGAAAGAAGAAGAAAACAGAAGAAACAGGAUAAAGAAAAUGAUUCUAUUGGAAAGUUACCUGAUCUGAAAGAUGUUGAAGCUGUACAGAAGUUUUUUCUCGAAGAGGUCCAGUUGGGAGAAGAAUUGCUGGCAAGAGGUGACUAUGAGAAAGGAGUUGAUCAUUUAAGUAAUGCUGUAUCGGUCUGUGGUCAGCCACAACAGCUAUUACAAGUUCUUCAGCAGACACUACCACACCCAGUGUUUCAAAUGCUCAUCCAAAGAUUACCUGCUGUAAGACAGCGUUUUCUUGCAGGUAUGACUGCACAGAAUUUGGUAGAAGAUGACGUUGAAUAAAAACUUUACACAUCUUCAGCUCCAACAAAGUUUAUUCCAUCAUUGUGAACUUUAAAUGCUGUGAUUACUGUAGACUUAAGUUUACAAACAAUUGAAAAGGUGUACCAUUCACUUUCAAAAUAAACGAGAAGUGUUGGUCCAUUAGACAUAAUGAAUUCCUGUUUCCAUCCACCUCUUCUUGAUUCCAAGAAUGUUCAUUUUAGUUGUAUCUUAAUAGGCACCAGUGUUUUGGACAUGAAAAAUGUGGCCAUUUGUCCACCAGUGCAGCAAUGUUUUAUGAUUCAUUUGUGCCCUGCCAUUCAGUUGGUCCACUUUUAUAUUCUAGGUUGGCUAAUCAGUCCUGCUUUAGCUGCUAAAGCUUCAUUUUGUUGAAUAUGAUAUUCCUGAAAGCGCAUUGAUAUUCUUUGGGUCAUCUUCAGAUAUUUCUGCAGACAAUGUUCUGAACAGGUCACCUGCAUUGAAAAUAAAAACUUAUACCAAAAGGUAUUGCAAACAAACCUAGUAAAGCUCAAAGUUAAGUUUCUUGUAGUUCACACUUAAUAGAUCAUAAAAGCUAACAUAAAAUUUAAUUUUGACAUUCCCCCUCGCCUAGACAAUUUGUAUGUGCAUGCCAUUAGACAGCCAUUUGCAGAACAAUGCUGCACAUAUUUGAACAUGUCCAGCUGGACAUUUCAGAUCAGGAAAUUUAAUGCACUGUUAUGCAGAUACUUGUUCACAAAUGCAGGUUUGGAUGAUGAAAAACAGAAAUUUCUCCUAAUAGCCUUAAGUCUCUUGUUAUUAUUCCCUAAAAGAGACAAGGAAUUUCCAAGUUUAGCCAACCCAUUUUAUCUUUUGCAUUAGUUACAGGAGUGGUCCCAAAGGAAAGUACUUCUGCUUUUCCAAAUCCUUGUGUAGAUCAUAAGGUGUUUGGUAUUUGUUUGGUGCUUUUCCUCACAACAGUAUUCCACAUUUGGAAACUAAGUGGCUGCAGUGGAAAGUCAAAUCAAUUGUAAUUAAAUACAGAAGACAUUUAUAGAUUUAAAAUUUAGCUAUGAGUCAUGAAGGUAAGGUUUGACCAAAUAAAUCUCAGUAUCUGGAUAUUUGAAAUGGCAUACUUUAUAUUUUGCAGCAGUUGGAUAUGUUAUAACUAUCAGCAAAAUAAUAAAAUUUAUAGAAAUUUGAACAUUUCCUUUUUACAAAAAAUCCUUUUCAUGAGUACACUUAACUUAGAUAUUUAGACUUGUAUUCUAGAUAGAAUUUCACAUUCGUAGUGGACUCCGAUUAUUUUACUACUGCCCUGUAAUACCAGAUCACAUUGCAUAAUGAGAUGAAUGACUUGGAAAUGUUGGAAGAAAAUUUUCGCGAAUAUACAAGAAACAUUUCCUCCUUGAAUAGUACAAAUAAACCUAUUAAUAGCCACUUGAUUUUCUACGGUAUUGAUCCAUUAAACUUUCUAGUUUGCAUUUUCUUUCUGCUUGAAGGUUUCCAGUAAGGGAAAAAAAACUCAUUUCUUUGAAAGAGCAAUGAAUUUUGGUUUAUGGUGAACAGAAAGUGUCAUUUCAGCACUGAAUAUAAAAACAUCAGAGGGAGAAAAAUCAUUAAGGGUUUGCUAAGAAUCUAUUCUCCAGUGGUACAGUGAACUCCUGCCUUAUGCAUGUUCAGUUACCCACAAAAGUGUAUAAUAUUUGCUUAUCUAAGUUUUCCAAGAGAAAUUAAAAAAACUUAAGUCAAAAACUAAGGCAGCUCCUAAAUGAAUGUAGAACAAAAAUAUAGAAGGUGACCAUGACUUAUUUCAUAGAUGAGAGUGCAAGCUGUACAUGUUUCAUCAGCUCUGUUACCUGUUGGGCAUUUUGAACAUUGCUGGAGAUCUUUCUAAAAAGGCAAAGUAUGACAUUAUAUUUUAAUUAUUUUUUCCCCCAGAAACACAUUUACAUUUGUUGAAAACAUUGGUCAUAUUGUUAUGACGUUCUGCACAUCAAUUUUUGGAUGGUUGGAACCUGUCUAAAUUUACGCCCAUUAUAAAAUAUUGGUCAGUUGCAAGAUUUCCAAGAACAUAAUCCCAAGAACGGUGGGACUUUAUUCAGAAGUGUUCAGAAAGAAGCAUUCCUCCUGACUAGCAUGUGACGUUUGCAUUGAGUACAAUACCAUAAUUUGACAUACAGCAACUUUAUACAUCAUAGUCAGAUUGUUGAAGCAUUAAGGCUUUCAAAAUGACAAGGCAUUUCAAUUGAUUUACCCGAAAUGAAUGAGUUUAAAAAUUAAUGGCCAUGCUUCAAAGUCUGAAAUGGAGACUAUUAGAGAGCAUUCAUGUAUCAUUUAAAUUAUAACUAGGGUAUGAAUGUUCAAUUCUUUCACAAUAGUGGUUGAAUGAAUGUUACAUUGAGUAAUGAAUGUGUUGAUUUAAAAUCAGUACACAGAAAAUACAAAGUGUGGAAUAUACCUCUUCUGUUUUUACAUCCCUGGUUGUGAAGUCCUUCACACAGUCCAUAAAGCAGUGCUCAGUCAAUUUAUUGUAUGUACCCAGAAAUUCUUUAAACUGUGCAAGAGCAAGAAAAAACAAACAUGAUAUUGAAUUCUGUGACCUUAAAUAACAUGCUUACUAACUUAAUAUUAAAGUAACCUUAAAAGAAAUUUACCUGU